AUGAUGACUCACUUGAUGUUCAGCUAGCUACCAUGAGGAUGAUGGGAGUUGAUAUUAUACAACAGACAUCUCAACCAAGAACCAGGAUGGAGUCUUGUCUGAUUGAAAGUUAUAGGCAAUAUGAGGGAAAUUCUUCUGAAGAUUGUUCCUGCGAAACUGGGAUAGAUAUUCAGGAUUUCCAAUUUAUAGAUCCAGAUAGAAAAGCCAUGGUGGAUGACAUUUCCGUGCAUGAUUCAUUACUAGCUUCCAAGUACAAGUUGCUCAGUACGAGUUUAUGCAAUAUUAGGGAUAUCGACCAGAAGUGUUUGGUAUUGCAGCAACUCCCUGGGAAUGUCAAACUUGUGGCAGCUUACAUCCAAGGCUUAAAUGCCGAGAGAGAAGAGAAAAUAAGCAUGUCCUUCUACGCUACACGGAAUCUGGAUGACCUCAGUAAGCGUCAUGUUGCCUUAGGUCUAGCAGGGAAGAAUCUCUACCUGUCCUGCAGCCUUGAACAAGGUGAACCUCAGGUGAACUUGGAAAAAGUCAAUACCCUUAGUGGAUUAAAUGAUGAAGAAUUGCUACGAUUCCUCUUCCUGAAGUGUGAAAAUGGUCCAACAUUCAAAUUUGAGCCUGCUUUGUGCCGUGGCUGGUAUAUCAGCACCUCACGAAAAGUGAAUGAAACCAUCUUAAUGAAGCCUGAAGCUGAUCAAAAAUAUGUCAGAGAUUUCUUAGUAAUUUCAUAAAAUGUAUAUACUGUAUGUAUGUUAUGAUCUGUCACCCAACAAAGCCAGUAUACAGGUAUGUAUUGGUUACAAGGCAGAAAUAACCAUGCUGUUAAAUAUGAGGUCUGUUAUAGGACACCA